CAAACAUCGAUUCAGAGGCUUAGGGUUUCUGGCUCGUCUCAGAAGAAGAGUGAAAGAGGUAAGAGGGAGAGAGACAGCCGCAACUCCAACGCCGUCACCAUGGGUCGUAUGCAUAGUCGCGGUAAGGGUAUCUCUUCAUCGGCUCUGCCGUACAAGAGGACUCCACCCUCUUGGCUGAAGAUCUCUGCUCCGGAUGUUGAGGACAACAUCUGCAAGUUCGCGAAGAAGGGUUUGACUCCUUCUCAGAUCGGUGUCAUUCUUCGUGAUUCCCACGGUAUUGCUCAAGUCAAGAGCGUAACUGGGAACAAGAUCCUGCGUAUCCUAAAAGCUCACGGGCUUGCCCCUGAAAUCCCUGAGGAUCUGUACCACCUCAUCAAGAAGGCCGUUGCCAUCCGGAAGCAUCUUGAGAGGAACAGGAAGGAUAAGGAUUCCAAGUUUAGGUUGAUUCUGGUCGAGAGCAGGAUCCACCGUCUUGCUCGCUACUACAAGAGGACAAAGAAGCUUCCACCCGUUUGGAAAUACGAAUCAACCACUGCAAGCACUCUUGUGGCGUAGUGGAUAUUUUUUUUGUGCUGAUGGGAAUUCUAUGGACGCCGUAGACUGCAAUCACUUUAAUUUAGAAAGUUGAUGUGCUGUUGAAACCGAAAGGGUAGUUAGAUUAGAAAGUUAGUUGUGGCAACUUCUUUAGGAUAAGAAGAAAGAUUUUGAUUUUUAUGAACUAGCUGCUGCUAUAUGCAUUCGUUAUUUUUGAUCUGCUUUGAUAAGGUUCUUUCGAAUUUUGAAGUUAUUUAUUACCCAACGAAGGUUUAAAAUUUUGAAGUUA